AUGGAGGCUUCUGCUGGGCCUGAAGCCAGGGACCUGUUGGGUUAUCUGAGGAGGGGUCUUCUGGAGUUGGGGCUGGGCAGCCGAGAAGGCAGCAGUGGGCAGAAGACCAAGAGAGCCCCAUCAGCACAGAGCAAGUGCAGGCCUCAACAGAAGCCUCGAAGACUGCUCUCGCAAGAUCCAGAGGAGGAGCAGGUGGACAGGGCGCAGAAGGGGAGGUUGCAGCUGGCGAUGGAGCCCGCAGCAGCGGCCAUGGCCAGGGGGGUUGAGCAGCCCACGCCGGGGGCAAGGAAGUUCAAGAGCCCUGUGGCUACCUAUCCAGUACAGCCACACCCAAGCAUGAGGUCUCAGAGGUGCAAAGGCCUUUCCCACCUCUUCCUCCCGGGCAGCUCAACAGACGAGAACCUGCUGCCCCUGACACCCAGGCAGCUGGCAGCCUUCCAGGAUAUCUUCAAACUGCUCAGUUCCAACCCGGCAGGCACUAUGGACAUGCGCAGCAUGAAAGUUGCCCUGUGCAAUGUGGGCAUCCAGCUGAGCCCACAAGAGAUGUGUGAGGCUCUUCGGCAGGCGGAUUUGGAUGGUGAUGGCACUGUGAGCUUCAAGGACUUCCUGGGCGUCCUCACUGACAAUCACCGCUUUGCACAAUGCCUCGGCCGGGUGAGGAACAGCCGGAUCUACGACCCCCAGGGCCUGCAGACCCUGUUCUUUGAGAUACUGCUUAAGCUGCUCGGCCAGGGUUCUGUGCCUUCCAAGUCGGUGCAGGAGGUGAUGAGCUACUACUCCAAGAAGCAGCAAGCUCUGAGGAACCCAAGCUGGAGGGGCCAGUCCCGCGGCCACGGCCGCUCCCCGUACGCCCACGCGGGCCUCGUCUUCUACUGCCAGGCCGCGCGUGUCAGCGGCCUCUCCAGUACCCAGCUCGCGCGCUCGCUGCACAGACUGCACAAAGCAGGUGUGCGCAGCCCCUAUUCUCAGAUACCGAACCUGGCCCUGCGGACGCGACCAGAACGCUGGACGAGGAGCCGAGCGCCCCGCCCCGAGGUCCGACCUCCCAAGCCCUACCAGCCCAACCGCCCAAAAUGCGUGGCCAGCCAGAGGCAGCUCAGCCUAAGUGAGAGCGGGGAGGAUGCAGGGCCUGCGGGGUCGGGGGGCCUUGUAGAUGAGGGGCGGCGCAAGCAAGGAGGAGACCGCUGCGGGAAUAGGGGCGGGGCAGGAGGCGUGGCAGGCAGACAGGGCAGGCAGAUGCAGCAGGACAAGGAGAAUGGAGGCUGGACAGGCGGGGUUCAUGGACCAGUCACUAGAGUGUAUGCCCCACUUGAAGCUGCCUCCCUCUCCGCCAACCCUAGUGCAGAGGCAGCCCCCCUCCCCUUGGCCGGCCUGUUUGCAGAGACCUGUCGUGAGGAGCUUGUACAAGGGGUGCUGCAAGCAGCAUUUGCGGGAGAGGUCGGCGAUGCUGCCCCCUGUGGCAAAAGAGGGAAGUGCCGGCCCAUGGUGGGACAGCGGAGGAGGGGGCUGCCCGGCCCAGCCGAGCUGACGACCACCUUCCGUGUGCCCCCCUGCAGAGUCCAUCUGAGGGAACAGCGGCUACAGCGAGAGGUCAGAGGUGACCUGCAGGGGGGGCCCCGGCGGGCGCCGGCGAGCACUGCGACGGCCUGUGUCUGCGCGGAUGUAGGGCUGGUUCCGCAGAUCUGGCAGCCGAGAGGAGACACAUACACCCUUCAGGAGUCUGCCCAGGGCUAG